UAAAGAUGAACAGUUCUACACACUUGAUCUCCAGGUUACCCGAGACAACCCACAAAAUUAUGGACUUCCUGCCCACUCCCGACCUAGAAUCGGCUUCUCUCGUCAACUCAACGUGGGAGCAGCAAACUUUACUCCAUCUACUCGUACGAAAUUCAGUCUCUGUCCACCUUCACAACGUACACGAUUCCAUGCACCUCUUGCCGUUUAGGAACCUGUCCCCCAAACAGCUCAACGUAGCAGUUCAUGCGCCUGAAGAAAAUGCGGAGAUUUUACUUUCACGAAUAGAACUAUUUACCGCCAUCAAGUUCAACACGGUGACGAAAUUAAGUCUCAUUUUCCCCCUCGAUAACUCCUCCCGCCACGUGGCGGCUCGACUCGUCAAGAUUUACGAAUCUUUCAAAAACUUGAAAUCUCUUGAAUUUCACCCAUUUGUAUACCUUUCAAACGCAGCAUUUUCUUCCGAUCAAGAUUGGACCGACCUUCUUCCUGACAGUCUCCAUGUGCCCCAGAAACUUACCACUCUGACCGUUGCCAUGUCCAAACUCUAUCCCGAUGAGCGGGCCGGGCGAUGGAGUCACCUGUACUCGCUAACCACCCGGUUUUUAUUUAUCUUCAGAUGCGUGCAAAAUCUCAAACUGAUCGACACUCCUGCCAUGCUGAUUCAAGGAGCAGAUCUCAUUUUACCCCAUCUCAAUUCAAUCUCCUUCCUGUCGACGUAUCAUAUUAGCACAAACCCCAUGAGAUUUAUCACCUCUGAGUUUCCCCUUAAGCAAAACUUUUCUAACGUUACUCGGCUCGAGUUUAACAUUAAGCUCAAUGACACGACACGCAAGUGCGAGAUAUUAAACCUCCUUGCGCCACAGUUGGAACAUUUGUGCAUUUCCGCGGUACAAAAUACAGGGCCGGCAAAUAAUUUCCACAUUUCGCGGUCCAUUACAGUCCCGAUUAUGCCAAGGUUGAAAACUUUUGAAAUUUUGAGAGUCCCUGGUCUAAUUUGUAGCUACGAAACGAACUGGUUUCGACCUUAUCUCUUUUUACAAUUUGAAACUGGGGAGGAUGAGGUUAAGUUAGUGUAUGCAAAACAGUUUCCUGUUCUGGAGAGAUUAAUUGUGCGCGUUGUGCGGGAACCAAUUCUCUGGAAGAGGAGGAAAAUCGAACCGCGUCCAGAGGAAAAUUUGCAUUUUGAAGCGACCAUGCUUCUCCUGUAUGAAACUUUUUUGGCGGAGGGCGUCGCGCCGUGUGAGACCUUAAGUAAUUUGGAUAUUUCCUUCCCUCCGGAAACUUGGGAUGUGAGCGGGAUGAUAAUGAAACGUCGGGUGGGGCGGGAUGAUGAACUUAGCCGGUGGGGAUGGAAGGAAGAAGUUCCUGAUUUUUAUGCCAGAAUUUCUAAGAUUUUUCCCCACGUGGAUUACCACGUGGUGGGGAAGGGGAUGAUGGACGUGAAAAUGGCGAAGUUCAAGAAGUUUAAGGAGAUGGGGGUCACCUUAGGGAUUUUUGAUGAGGAGGGAAUAGUUUACGAGGAUUUUAGUGAGAUGUGGAACAUGGCAAAAUUUCAAUCAAAAAUGCUAUUAACUAAAGUUAACUUUGCUUAA